AUGGACCUGAAUGGAAGUGAAAAUUUCCAGCUCUGGAGGUAUUGGGAGGAUAAUUUCCUUGACGGAAAACUCGAGAAAAUUGAGACCGAAAUCGACAACGCUCCCGGACGUGGUCGGGUUGAGUGGCUCACGAACGACGAAUUCAAGAACCAUUACCCUCUUGUGUCUGGCAACGGUACUGGGUCGGUGCUUGCCUUCAGCAGUACCCGAGCAAACGGUAAAGACAACAAGGUGUACACGAUUGACCUCUCCGUGGAAGGCUGGAAUCCAACUCUGGUCAGCAUGUCUCGCUGGAUCGUGGAUCUGAAGAACCCGAAUAACGAACCCCACGAACAACUUCUUCCAGGAAUUGAUAACAAUGCGGGAUUCGCCAUUCGUGAUGCCCAGUUCAGUCAGGUGAAGGGCAGCACGGAGAUUCUUGUGGCUUUGGAUGCCUAUGGCGAUUUCGUGAGUGUGGUCAUUUGUAAUCUCAGCUCCGGAGUCAUUCGGCAUAUCACCACACCAAAUCCCUCACUCUCGCCCAUUCAUCCUAUUCCGUGGGACGUGAAACUCGCCGCCGUUACCGCCCAUUUUGCUGUCCUACUGGCUAAUGCAGAUGGAUGGUGCGAGAUCUAUCGGUACGGCCUCUUGGAUUCCAAAGUAGAGAAGAUCACCAUGGAGGACCACGAGACGGAUAUGGUUGGGCCUGUCCGCCCCGUCCUUCAGGGGCAGGAAGACAACCGCGUAGUCAUCGAACAUAACUCUUCCCAUGUUGCUUUCAGCAUCUCUUUGCUUGACCUUUCACAGCCUGGUCAGCUGAAACUCGAACCCAUUCUUGCCUGUCAAUCAGCAUCACCUGGCUUCCGCACACAAGACCCAAUUCUCAUCAGAUUUGAGAGCUUUGAUGGAUUGUCUAUCCCAGCUUUGGUGUAUUAUCCCGCGAAUAUGCCGCCGACUGGCAAGAUGCCAGCCGUUAUAUGGAUACAUGGAGGCCUAGCUAUGCAGAUUCGACCUGGUUUCCGAAGGCCCGUAUUAUACUUACUGGAUCAGACAAAUGGUUUCACUAUAAAUGAGCUCGGUUGCGCUCUAAUCAUGCCUAAAGUGAGAGGCAGAGCGGGUUAUGGCAGAUCCUAUGUCAAACUAGACGAUGUCUACAAGAGGGAAGAUUCUGUCAAAGAUCUUGGGAGUCUGCUCGAGUACAUCAGCACGUCGAUGCCCAAGAUAGAUGCAACCAGAAUUGCAUUGAAUGGAGCCUCUUACGGAGGCUUCAUGGUACUUGCUGGUCUGGUCAAUUAUUCGCACUUGCUCCGUUGCGGCGUGGUGCAAUCUGGUAUUGGUAACUGGGUAACCUUCUUGGAGACAACGCAUCCUUCUUGA